AUGUUGAACCCCAAAUACUCACUUAUAGCGGUGGGCUUAACGGUCUGUCUGAUAACGUUCCUGGCGUACGGGUCACAGCUGUUCAUCCUUGAGCUCAGCACUCGCGAAUUUUGGAUUUUCAACACAUUGGUUGGUGGGAUUUGGGUUACGUAUUUUAGGUGUAUUUUUACGGAUCCUGGUGGGGUACCUAACGGAUGGCAACCUUCUUGGCAGGGAAUUGGUAGCUUUGGAGGCGGAGAGGAGGAAGAAGAGGAAGGAGAUGGUGAAGGGGGGAGUAGUAGUGACGAUGAUGAUGAUGAUGAUGAAAACGGAGGGGGGAAGAAGGGGGAUGUUAGGGAGCAGGUUAAGCCUGAUAGGUAUGGAAGGAUAUGGGGGAAUGCGGAUUGUAGGUGGUGUAAACGGUGUAAGAGGUGGAAACCGGCGAGGGCACAUCAUUGCAAGACUUGUCAGACAUGCGUGUUACUUAUGGAUCAUCAUUGUCCGUGGACGUUUAAUUGCGUGGGAUACAGGACCUGGCCGCAUUUCAUCAGGUUUUUGUCGUUUGUGAUUGCGGCGUGUAGUUAUUUGGAGACCUUCCUGGUCAGCAAGUGCUUGGAGAUUUGGAGGUAUAGGGAUCUGCCGGCUUAUCUCGGACCUUCCACCUCAAAUCUGAUCCUACUAGUAGUUCUAUUGCUAGCCAAUACGCUCACGGACUUUGCGAUCAUCGUGCUUUGGAUUCGGAUCAUCGCAAAUAUCACAGAAGGGUAUACCACCAUCGAAUGGUGGGAGCAAGAAAGACAUAACGCUCUAGUGAGGAGGAAAGUGGUCCGACGACAGUUAUACCCAUUUGAUAUUGGGAUAUACUCCAAUAUUUGCCUAUUUAUGAACAGUGGGGUAUUCACCUGGUGGUUUCCAUUCCUACCGAACAGAGCCAUCGGGGAAGGCGGAACGGGAGGAAACGGGGGUGGAUUGAGAUAUGAAGUCAAUGGGUUUGAAAAAACAUGGUUAUCGUGGCCACCACCUGAUCCUGAGAAGUUUGGAAUAAAUGAACGGAGACACAUGCAGAAGGAGAUGGAGGGGGGACCGUGGACGACUGGGGAGUAUGAUGUUAGUGACGUUUCUGCGUUUAGGAGACGACAGAGGGAGGAUAUGAAGAGGAGGGGGUACCAACAGGGUGAUGAUGAUAAGGACGAUUAUGCCUCUGAUGGGGAAGAAGGGGGGAGGGAUGUGGAUAAUUAUAAGAGGGAUGAGGAUCUUUUGGAUAGUUACUUGGAUAGCACUGCUGGUGGGUAUGAGGGGAGGGGUAUUGAGGGGACUUAUUAUGAUGAGAAGAAGAGACAAGAAGAGAUUAAGAAGAAGUGGAGGAAUGAAGAAGGAGAACGGUUGGCGGAUUAUGGAGUCGAUGAGGAUGCGGAUGUUUUGGAUGAUGAGGAUAGCGUGCCUUUGGCGGAGCUGUUGAGGAGGAGGAGGGAGAAGGAGGUUCUGAUGGGUGGGAAGUAUCGAUAG